AGGCUCAGUCUUCUUCUAAGGCGCAUAAAUCAAUUUCCCUCUUCGCUCGUCCCUCUCUUUUCAGGGCACGACUACGAAUCUUCCUAUCAUUUUCACCUUUUCUCAUUUUAACUGUUUCUGCUAAAAAUGCCUUUAUUCGUCUCCGAUGAGGAGAUGUCGCGCCUCUCCAACGACGCCGUUGCGUUGGCUGCCAAGGCUGACGCCUACAUACGAGACCUCCAAAGCGAACUAGACACCGUCAAGGCUCGCGCCGACGCUGCUUCUAUCACGGCCGAGCAGACUUGUUCCUUGCUUGAGCAGAAGUUUAUUUCGUUGACGGAAGAUUACUCGAAGCUCGAGUCGGAACACGCACAGCUUAAAAUUUCUCUCGAUGAGCGCGUGAAGGAACUUGCUCAAUUUCAUGCGGAGAAGCACCAGCUCCAUUUACAAUCGAUUGGGAAGGAUGGUGACAUAGAGAGGUUAUCGACUGAAGUGUCGGAGCUACAUAAGUCACGGAGGCAGUUGAUGGAGAUGGUGGAGCAGAAGGAUUUGGUGAUCAGUGAGAAGAAUGCUACUGUUAAGACUUACUUAGACAAGAUUAUAAACUUGACCGACAAUGCUGCGAAAAAAGAAGCACGUUUGGCUCAGAUUGAGGCAGAGUUAGUUCGUUCUCAGGCUACCUGCACUCGACUUUCGCAGGAAAAAGAACUUAUAGAAACGCAUAAUCUGUGGCUUAAUGAGGAGUUGACGUCCAAGGUCAAUAGUCUUGUUGAGCUGCGGAGAACGCAUGCUGAUUUUGAGGCAGAUAUGUCAGCUAAGCUUUCAGAUGUCAAUAGACAAUCCAGUGAAUGCUCUAGCUCCUUAAAUUGGUACAAAGAAAGAGUGCGGGAACUAGAGAUAAACUUAACGUCAUUACAGGAGGAAUUUUGCUCCUCAAAAAAUGCUGCUGCACUAAAUCAAGAGCGAUUGUUAGCAGAAAUUUCAACUGUAAACAAACUUGUUGAAUUAUAUAAGGAAAGUUCGGAAGAAUGGUCUCGAAAGGCAGGCGAGCUUGAGGGUGUGAUAAAGGCUCUAGAAACGCACUUGACUCAAGUUGAAAAUGAUUAUAAAGAGAAACUUGAAAAGGAAGUUUCUGCAAGGAAGCAUUCUGAAAAGGAGGCUGCAGAGUUGAAAGAGAAACUUGAAAAGUGUGAAGCUGAAAUUGAAAGUAGUAGAAAAGCAAAUGAGUUGUCUCUUCUUCCGCUCAGCAGUUUCAGAUCUGAAGCCUGGAAGGAGUCAUCAGAUGCCAAUGAAUUUUCUGAGGAUAGUCACUCACUUGUGCCUAAGAUUCCUGUUGGUGUCUCAGGAACAGCAUUAGCUGCUUCACUUCUGCGUGAUGGCUGGAGUCUGGCGAAAAUGUAUGCAAAAUAUCAAGAGGCUGUUGAUGCCUUGAGACAUGAACAAUUGGGAAGAAGGGAAUCUGAAGCAGUACUGCAAAGGGUCCUAUAUGAAUUAGAACAGAAAGCUGGGGUUAUCUUGGAUGAAAGAGCGGAAUAUGAAAGGAUGGCUGAGGCGUACACUGUGAUCAAUCAAAAGUUACAGAAUUCUGUCUCUGAACAGUCUAGCUUGGAGAAAACCAUUCAGGAACUAAAGGCUGAUUUGAGGAGACGUGAACGUGACUACAAUCUGGCACAGAAGGAGAUUAAUGACCUUCAGAAGCAAGUGACAGUUCUUCUCAAGGAAUGCCGAGAUAUACAACUUCGCUGUGGAUCCUCUAGGCAUGAUUAUGCUGAAGAAAGUACAGCCGUUGCUGCUGUAGAAGUGACUUUGAAUGGAGAGUCUGAUGCUGAAAAAGUUAUUUCAGAUCGGCUUUUGACAUUUAAGGACAUAAAUGGAUUAGUUGAGCAAAAUGUCCAGUUGAGGAGCCUUGUGCGAAGUCUGACAGAUCAGUUCGAUAGCAGGGAGAUGGAAUUCAAGGAAAAGUUUGAGUUGGAGCUUAAAAAGCACACUGAUGAAGCUGCCUCUAAAGUUGCUGCAGUGUUGCAAAGAGCUGAGGAGCAAGGGCGUAUGAUUGAAUCACUUCACACCUCUGUUGCUAUGUAUAAGAGGCUAUAUGAUGAGGAACAUAAAUUGCAUUCUUCCCAUGCACAGUCUGUAGAUGCAGCUCCUGUAGAUGGGAGGAGGGACCUCUUACUUCUUCUGGAAGGUUCCCAGGAGGCAACCAAAAAGGCCCAAGAGAAGGCAGCCGAACGAGUCAGAUAUGUUGAAGAAGAUUUGGAAAAGUCUAGGAGUGAAAUCAUAUCACUGAGAUCAGAGCGUGAUAAGUUGGCUUUGGAAGCAAAAUUUGCGAGGGAGAAGCUUGAUAGUAUUCUGAAAGAAGCUGAACAUCAGAAACUUGAAAUCAAUGGUGUUUUAGCUAGAAACGUGGAGUUUUCACAGCUGAUAGUAGACUAUCAGCGAAAGCUGCGUGAAUCUUUAGAGUCUUUGAAUGCUGCUGAGGAGCUUUCACGGAAGUUAAAUAUGGAGGUAUCUAUUUUAAAGCAUGAAAAAGAUGUGUUGUCAAAUGCUGAAAAGAGGGCUUGUGAGGAAGUCCGUAGUUUGUCAGAGAGAGUGUACCGACUGCAGGCUAGUUUGGACACUGUUCAGAGUGCCGAGGAAGCUCGUGAGGAAGCUAGAUCUACUGAGAGGAGAAAACUAGAAGAGUAUAUAAUAAAAGUUGAGAGGGAAUGGGCUGAGGCUAAGAAGGAGCUGCAAGAAGAGCGAAACAAUGUUCGAACUCUCACAUCUGACCGUGAGCAGAACUUGAAAAAUGCUGUAAAGCAAGUUGAAGAAAUGGGGAAGGAAUUGGCUAAUGCUUUGCAUGCUGUUACAGCUGCUGAGACUAGGGCUGCUGUAGCCGAGGCUAGACUUUCUGAUCUUGAAAAAAGGAUGAAAUCAUCAGAUGCUAAGGUUGGCGAGGUUGAUGAUGGUAGCAGAUCUACUUUAUCAACAACUGAGGAGGUUGUAGAAUUGCAUAGGGCUAAAGAAGAGCUGGAAAAAUUGAAAGAAGAAGCACAGGCCAACAAGGAUCACAUGCUUCAGUAUAAGAGCAUAGCUCAAGUAAAUGAAGAUGCACUGAAGCAGAUGGAAUUCGCACAUGAAAACUUCAAGGCUGAGGCGGAAAAGUUAAAGAAAUCAUUAGAGGCUGAAGUUCUUUCACUUAGAGAGAGGGUUUCUGAGCUUGAAAAAGAAAAUAUUAUGAAGUCUGAGCAAGUGGCCUCUGCAGCUGCAGUAAAGGAAGACGCUCUUGCUUCUUCCCUAGCAGAAAUCACUGGUUUGAAGGAAGAAAUAUCAGUUAAAAUUUCUCAAAUUACAGCAAUGGAAGUUCAAAUAUCUGCUCUGAAAAAGAACUUAGAGGAAGAGCAUGACCGAUGGCGCUGUGCACAAGCUAAUUAUGAAAGACAGGUAAUUUUGCAGUCUGAGACUAUUCAGGAGUUGACCAAAACAUCACAAGCUUUGGCUUCAUUGCAAGAUGAAGCAUCAGAGUUGCAUAAAUUGGCAGAUGCUUGCAAAGCCGAAAAUAGUGAACUAAAGGGCAAGUGGGAGGGAGAGAAAUCAGUGUUAGAGGAAUCAAAGAACAAAGCUGAAAAGAAGUUAAAUGAAGUUAAUGAACAGAACAAGAUAUUGCACAGUCGACUUGAGGCUUUGCACAUCCAAUUGGCAGAGAAGGAUCGAAGUUCUGCCGGAAUUUCUUCAGGAAGCACUGGUACUGAUCCACUUGGUGAUUCUGGUUUGCAAAAUGUGGUUAGUUAUCUUCGAAGAUCAAAAGAAAUUGCAGAAACAGAGAUAUCUUUGUUAAAACAAGAAAAGCUGCGGUUGCAAACACAACUGGAGAGUGCGCUAAAGGCUGCUGAUAAUGCCCAAGCUUCACUUACUGCUGAGAGGGCAAAUUCAAGAGCUUUAUUGUUAACAGAAGAAGAGAUCAAAUCAUUACAGCUUCAGGUUAGAGAAAUGAAUUUGCUUCGCGAAAGCAACAUGCAACUCAGGGAGGAAAACAAACACAAUUUUGAGGAGUGCCACAAAUUGCGAGAUAUAACUCAAAAGGCUAGGGCCGAUUGUGACAAUCUAGACAAUCAAUUGAAGGAGAGACAAAUUGAAAUUGAAGCUUGUAAGAAAGAGCUUGAAGCUUCUAAGAAAGAAAUCGAAAUGCUGAGGAUGGAGAAGGAAAACCUGGAAAAGAGGGUUUGUGAGAGGUGUAGAAAUUUUGAUGUGGACGAUUACAAUCGCCUGAAGAUUGAUAUUCGACAGAUUGAGGAAAAACUUAAAGGUAAGGAUACUGAGAUAGAGGAAAUGAAGACCCUUGGUUCUAGAAGGCAGGAAACUAUUAUGCAAUUGGAGCAACAACUUGCAAGCAGCAGGGUGGAACUAAAUGAGAAGGAGAAGAGGCUACAUGAUAUUCUGCAGGCAGAGGCUGUGAGAAAGCUGGAGUUGGAAAAGCAAAAGAGGAUUAUUGCUCAGCUAAAGAGGAAGUAUGACAUUUUGUCAAAGGAAAAGGAGGAAAUGACCAAAGAAAAUCAGGCACUGUCCAAGCAGUUAGACGAAUUGAAGCAAAGUAAAAAGUCAAUGGUUGAUGCUAUUGGCGACCAGGUUAUGAAGGAAAAGGAGGAGAAAGAUACUAGAAUACAGAUUCUUGAGAAAACUGUGGAGAGACAAAGAGAGGAGUUGAAAAAGGAGAAAGAUGAUUAUCAGAAGGAGAAAGAAAGGCGUCAGAAGGGGGAAAAAGCAAUUUGGGAUUCUGCUAAGAAUGCUGAUCAGUUGAAAACAAAGAUUUCAAGUGAACUUGAGCAGCAUAAGCAAGCUGUGAAGCGCCUUGCAGAUGAAUUACAGAAGAUAAAAAAUGCCGAAGCCAAUCUUCCAGAGGGUACGUUGGUGGUUCAGCAUCUCUCUGGUACGAUUUUGGAUGAUCAUGCUUCCUCCUAUUUAUUGGCUGUUGAAAAUUUUGAAAGGGUGGCACGCACAGUUUUUAGUGAGCUUGGAUCUGGUGUCCUUCCUCUGGACACUUCUUUAGUCUCAGAUGCACCCACAGCAGCUACGGCAGGUCCAGCAGUAGCUACCCAAGCACUGAUUCCCAGUUCUUCAGCGGGAACUGCACCAGGUCAUAUACCAGCAAAAGCAAUGGAUGGAAAAGAGAGGCUAGUUCUUGCCAAAAUCAAUGUUGAAACUCGUAAGCAAGGGCGCAAGUUGGUCCGCCCCCGACUUGGUAAACCUGAAGAAGCACAGGGUGAUGUAGAGAUGUCAGAGGUGGAAGGAUCUAAUGUUAUCGGGAAGGUUGCAUCAUCUCAGGAUGUGGAAACUCAAGUCAGUCUCACUCAACAGAGUCAACCAUUGGUUCGUAAACGCAUGGCUUCAUCCACUCCCGAGUUACGUGAGGAGUCAUCCUUGCAAGGGGAACCCAGCACUGAUAUUAUUGCACCUGUGCUGAAAAGGUCCAAGGGAACAGAUUCUGCACUUGAGGAUGCUGUUGGACAAUCUGCAAUUCCAGUGGAAAAUGUUGAUGCUCAACCAGUAAUUGAAGAAUCUAUUGAUGCUGUAGGUGAUAUACCUCAAGAAGAAGGUGUUGAUGCUGAGAAGGAAGAGGUUGACGCUACAGGAGAGAAGACUGAGGAGCUAAAAGAAUCACAACAGGUAGAGGGAACAAGUGAAGCUGAAAUUCAGGAUGAUAAGAAUAAUGCUUCAGAAGAGAAUUUAGAGAAGGCAAUUGGUGCAGAGAUGGCAGCUGAUGAAGUUCCAAAGGAUCAGACAGAGCAAGAGAACCAACAGUUGACAAUAGAAUCCGAGAGUGAGAGAGAAGAGGGAGAGCUAUUACCAGAUGUAGCAGAUCCUGAGGGAGUAGCUGAUAUUUCAAAUGUUGUAGGGAGCCCUGAAACUGAGGAAGUUCAGCCUGAGGUUAUUGGAACUCCUGUGGUGUCACCCACAAGGGUUGAGGAUGAAGGUACGAUUGUUGCAGCAGCGGAAACUGGUGAUGUCACUUCACCGGAGGUAGCAAAUGACGAGAAAAAUGAAGAAGGUGAUGUGAGUGAAGAGAAUGUUGAAGGUUCUGACAAGUCCAAUGAUGGUAAUGACCAUGUUGCAAUAGAGACGGAUCAGGUGCCUGAAGCCGCAUCAGUUAUCAGUGAAACGGCUUCAACAAGUUGGGGCGCAGAACCUGAGGCCUCUUCAAAGCAACUUAGUACCAGUACAACAACAACGGCGGAAGUAAAACAGGCUUCACCUGUAAAUAAUGCUCCUAAUAUAGUAAACCUACGAGAGCGAGCAAGGGAGAGGGCUAUUCAAAGACAAGCUGGAGUUGUGCCACCGUCAGUAAGUAGAGGCCGUGGGAGAACAGUUGCACGAGGUAGAGGUGUUCGAGGCGGGCGUGGUGGACGUGGACAAACUCCUGGUCAGCAAUGAGAUGCUUUAUUUUAAGACAAUGAAGUGAAAUGCAAGUAAUAUCAUAGCUUGUUUUAUAUCUCCUAAAAGGAAAGAGAAGGUAUGAAUAUUGGGAAAAAGUCCAUAUUUGACGAUUUUGACUUGGUCCCUUCCUUGAUACCUAGAUAGAAAUUCAGAAUAUUUUGUAUGAAUUAUUUAGGCUUGCUUGAUUCUGUUUUUGAUGAGGUGAUGGUGGCAUGCUUGCGUAAUAGGGGGAAGCAAGUUCUAAUUUAUAAAUUAUGCAUUCUAGAUUAACCUGUUAUUUUUUUAUAAUUAGAUUGAACCAUUUUAAGAACAAUGUUAUGCGGAUGUACAGAUGAUGAAUGAUAUAAUUGAAUCAUUGAAUUUCAUGAUAA